GCUGCCUCCAGUCCAGGCUCCACCAGUCGCUGGGUUGACACAGUAGGGGUUAGGUGUGUGUUUCUUCUCUCUUAGGCACAAUUUGCUAAUUCUCGACUGUGAUUGAAUUACUAGAAGCAAAGUCCACCGUAAUGGCAUCUCUCACGAUUUUGAAUAUUUAAUCAACGACCCCUUUAGGCUUUACUCAGUAGUUGAAAAGAUUUUGAAACGUAUAUAGUUAGCAUAGUAUAUAGUUUUUAUAUAAAAACUGAACCCGUGAAGUCUAGUAUCCUUGUUGACAAAAAGUGAGUUUUUCUCAACGUUCAACAUCUCCACCAAGUUAUCAUGACAGCGACAGCGCCUGCCAAGAAGAGUGAAGACGAGAAAGAAGACACGUUGUUUGAAUCGGUGCUGGAGAGCGUUGGGUCGUGCGGGCGCUACCAGCAGUUGCUGCUGUGGGCGUUUCUGGCGCCUCUGGACUUCAUGGUAGCUUGGGUGGCGCUUGUGCCCAUCUUGCUCGUAGAUUCCCCUGACCACUGGUGCCUGGUGCCUGGAAAACCUGAGGACUUGGACCUCCUCCAGUGGCGCAACCUCACCAUCCCCAGAAAGGAAGAUGGCAGUUUUUCCCAGUGCACUCAGUACAACAUCAGCAACAUCAGUGACUGGAUAUUGUACCCUGACAACUCCACGCCUAUAGUUCCUUGCCAAAUGGGAUAUCUAUACUCCAAAGACAACUUCGACGAGACUCUCACUACCCGGCAAGAUUGGGUGUGCGACAACAGCGCUAAAGUCGCCAUGUGGCAGUCAGUGGGACUGGCCGGCAAUGUCGUCGGGACUCUUUUCCUCAACCCGCUCUCCGACCUGUUCGGUCGCCGUCUCAUGUUCCUGGUGAGCGCCGCGAUCUUCGGCGUGAUGGGCAUCGUGCGCGUGUACGUGACGUCAGAGUGGCUGCUUAUGACCACUCAGUUCCUCGCCAACACCUCCUUCCCGCCCAUCCUUGAGAUUUCCCUCAUACUCGCGUACGAGCUGGUGUCGAGCACGUGGAGGUCGCGUGUGACGUCCAUCAGUUACAUGUUCUGGUCGGCGGGCACGUGCGUCCUGGCGCUGCUCGCCUGGCUCAGCCGCAGCCACCGCAUCCUCAGCAUCAUCAUCAGCACGCCCUUCCUGCUCUACCUCCCUGCCGCGCUCCUUAUCCCCGAGUCGCCACGCUGGCUGCUGACGCGUGGGCGCGUGGACGAGGCGCACGCGUUGCUGGCGCGUGUAGCGCGUGUCAACGGCCGCGACGUGCCGCCCAAGCUGCAUGAUCAGCUCUCAGAAAUAUCGAAAAAGCGAAUGCCGAACCACGGCGCCUACCAGCUCCUGCAGACGCCCGUCCUGAGGAGACGCACCAUCCUACUGACGUUCUGCUACGUCUUGAACAACAUAUUUUUCUACGGACUGGCGUACAACACCUCCAACCUGAACGGCAACCUGUUCAUGAACUUCUUCCUGAUCGGCGUCACGGAGAUGCCAGCGAACGCCGCGGGCUGGUGGGCGUCCCUCAGCCUCGGCCGCCGCCUCAGCCAGAGCCUCUGCUUCUUGCUGGCCGCCUGCUGCGCGGCCGCCACUAUCUUCACUGAACACAGCCCUGUGUGGGCGAGCAUCAUGCUGCUGACGAUGAGCAAGUUCUUCAUCACGAUGAGUUUCCUUGUGGUGUACCUGCUCAUCGGUGAGCUGUACCCCACCUCGCACUGCGGCACUGGCAUGGGCCUUGCCUCCAUGUUCGCCUCGAGCAUCGGCACUGCAUCGCCAUACAUUGCUUAUAGCGCCAAGGAAUGGUACGGCCUUCCCUUCAUCAUCCUGAUGCUGCUGGGGCUGACAGGCUGCGUCCUGUCCAGCUUCCUGCCGGAGACGCUGAACGCGCCUGUGCCUCAGAACCUGCUGGAGGCUGAAACACAUCUCACCGACAGCAAAUAUUUCUCUUACAAAGGCCGGAAGUUCUGGCAGCUCGGCGGCCCGCGCGUCAGCGACGCUCAACACGAGGCUGGCGACGCCGUCAGGAGGAACAGCGCUGAGGGCUACGCCAACCCUGUGCUCAGUGCUGACUGACGUGCUGACUGACGCUGCUCUGUCAUCGUGGGACUCAAUUCUUAAUGACGCUGCUCUGUUGACCUGGACUCAGUGCUGACUGACGAUGCCUCGCCUACCCGUGGCUCAGUUAUGAAUGACGCUGCUUGGGGCUCACUGCUGACUGACGAUACUCUGCCGACGCGGUGCUUAGAGCUGACCGACGCUGCUCUGUAACUGGCAGCAGUUCAGAGCGAUAAGGGCUCAGCUUUCCAUAUGUUGAUCACUGAUUAUUCUGUUCAUUACGUGCUUAAUAUUCGUAGUAUCUAUCAGUAAAUCCUGAAAUCAAGUAAAAGACAUUAGUUUUUGCAGAAUUCCGAAACAGACUUAUCAGUUCCUUAACCAGCUUGCAGUUAAAUUCUAAAAUAUUAAAAUGACAUUCUCUUUUAACUCAGUUAGCUGCUAGAGUUACAAUAACUUUAUAUAAUUGCGAGUUGUAAGUUCAGCAAUACAUCUACAUUCCAACUAUAAACAAUAUCUGCAUGGACUAAAAACCAUAUGACUGCCGUUGGUAAGCUUAAUUAUGUGGCCUUAAAAGACUGGAUAAAUUUUUUCAACUUGUGUUAGAUCCGGUCAAAGGACUUGUAUUCAGAUCUUCUAUGAACAAUUCACGAAAUGUACAAGAUUCGGCGAUAGGCCACAUCAGGCCUAUUCU